GCUUUCAGGUUAUACAGGUGCCUUAAGGUAACCUGGCUUUGUUUACAUGGAAACCCGAAUAAAUUUGGGUGAUCCAAAUAAUGGCCAAAAUUUAGUGACGGUUCAAAAGAAACAAACUGUCGAAGUUCUAUAUGUAGAUAUCACGAACUAUAACCCGAAAGUGCAAUUUAUCAUAUGUUGUUCUGCAGUUUUUGUCAUAUUUUUACUUUAUGGAUAUUUACAAGAAUUGAUAUUUACUCUUGAUGGUUUUAAACCAUAUGGAUGGUACUUGACUCUAGUACAAUUUAUAUUGUAUAGUAUAUUUUCCUGUAUAGAAUGUACCAUAACAAAAACUGAAAGAAGGAUUCCACUAAAAGCUUACAUAUUCUUGGCUAUGUUGACAUUAGGGACUAUGGGUUUCUCCAACUCUUCAUUGGCUUAUUUAAACUAUCCCACCCAGGUUAUCUUCAAGUGCUGCAAGCUGAUUCCUGUUAUGAUUGGAUCUAUAGUUAUUCAACACAAACGUUACAACAUAAUCGACUUUAGUGCAGCCAUUAGUAUGUGCAUAGGUCUUUCGCUGUUUACACUUGCAGACAGCCAGCUUUCCCCAAAUUUCAAUAUUUUUGGGGUGAUAAUGAUAUCUUCUGCUCUGGUUUGUGAUGCCCUUAUAGGAAAUUACCAAGAAAAAUGGAUGAAAAAAUAUAAUGCUUCCAACAGAGAAGUAAUUCUAUUUUCUUAUUCUCUAGGAUUUCUGUACCUUUUUGUCAUUAUGCUGUUCUCAGGGAGUUUAUGGUCUGGAAUAGUGUUUUGUUAUGACAAACCUCACAUAUAUGGAUAUGCAUUUCUGUUCUCCACAACAGGCUACUUAGGUGUUCAAGUUGUUCUCAGCCUCGUUAGAACUUGUGGAGCCUUAACAGCUGUCACUGUUACCACUUCUAGAAAAGCCUUAUCUAUUGUUAUUUCAUUCAUUUUCUUCGCGAAACCAUUUACCAUACAAUAUUUCUGGGCAGGUCUUCUAGUCAUAUUUGGAAUUUACCUAAAUUUGCUAAGUAAAAAUCAAAAGAAUCUUUGCAAAUCAAAUUUUUUCCACAAUAUCGUCCGACGUUUUACUCCUAAGAGUCAUCUUAAAUCUUUUACUACAACAGUAUGAUACUAUGAAGGAUAUGUGAGUUGUAAGACUGGAGUUAGUUGGAACAUCCUAGUGCAUUUAAAGACACCAAAGAAGGACUUUAGUUGUUAGAAAGGCUUAACUGUGAUUGACUAGGGGCAAAACUUUUUCCCUGGUCUGUUUUAAUUCAAUUGUGAAGUGUUAUGGAAUGGUAUGAAUUAUGUUAUUACAUUGUACUUUUAAUUUUAUCAGUGACCAUUGAUGAUCGCAAAGUAAAUUUUAUACAUGGAUAGUUUUUAUAUUUACUUCUUUCACAUGUAUUACUGCUUUGCUAUUCUUUUUGUAAACUGAGAAUUAUUAAUAAAGUCUUCCUUUAAUAAUUAAGUGCAAUAAGUGUGAAACAAGUCAAAAAUAAAUGGGAAGAAGAUUUUUAUAGAAUACAUUAAUUACUUUUCACUAACCACAGUGACUUUACUAUUUAUCAAUAUGAUAUUAAGUGAUUAUUCAUUUAUUCAUAAAUAUAAACAUAUUUAUGUUUGUCUGGAGAUAUAAAUACGACAAUGUUCAUCUUUUUGAAGAAUACUUAAAGAAAAAUUUAAAUUUCAAUAUCCAGAGUUACAUGCCAUUCAUACUUAAUUAAGUUUUAUAUUUUAUA